AUGAUGUUACCUCUCGAGCUGACCCAAGCCCUCUUGGUGGUGCCUCGACAUAUCUUUGCGCGACACGCCUCGACUGUUCCAAAAACAUUCGCAGACGCAAAGUCUGCGGAGUUCCUCGCAGCAGCGGCGACUCCAUUAUCCAUACCGAUACUGCACGGCUUGCCGGAAGUAAUUGUAACUGGUCGCGCGAAUGCGGGGAAGUCGACUCUGCUCAAUGCUGUUCUCGGAAGGACGAAGCUGCUCCAUACCAGCAAGAAGCCUGGUCGCACGCAGACGCUCAAUUUCUAUCGGGUCGGAGCUCCUCCAGGAAACCUAGUUCUAGUGGAUGCACCGGGCUAUGGAUCGAGAGGGCGCCCGGAGUGGGGAGAGCUUUUCGACCACUACGUCGCCAACCGCAAGGAGCUCCGACGGGUGUACGUCCUCUUCAGCGCGAAGCACGGGCUGAAGGACAUGGACAAGGCGAUGCUCGAGUCCCUCCAUAGCCGAUGUCUCGCCUCGGCGGGGCUCAACUUCGCGUUGCAGGCCAUCAUCACUAAGGUGGACGCGCUCUCGGUGGCGGAGCUCGCGAGUCAGAUUCAGAAGAUGCAGAAAGAGAUCUUUGAGGCGGCUCCGACGUGUCUUCCACCGAUUGUCACUACUGCGAUUAAGGAGCCUCGCAUAGGGAUCGACGAAGUGAGGAAGAGCAUCAUAGAAGCAUGCGGGCUCGCUUGA